AAGAGAAUUUAUCCAAAGAUUAAAACUUGAAGCAACCCUAAAUGUGCACGAUGGCUGUGUCAACACGAUCUGUUGGAAUGACACAGGGGAGUACAUCUUAUCCGGCUCGGAUGACACCAAGUUAGUGAUUAGUGACCCUUACAGCAGAAAGGUUUUGACAACAAUUCGUUCUGGGCACCGAGCAAAUAUAUUCAGUGCAAAAUUCUUACCAUGCACAAAUGAUAAGCAGAUCGUGUCCUGCUCUGGGGAUGGUGUCAUAUUUUAUACCAAUGUUGAGCAAGAUGCAGAAACCAACAGACAGUGCCAAUUCACGUGCCAUUAUGGAACUACUUAUGAGAUUAUGACUGUACCAAAUGACCCUUCCACUUUCCUCUCUUGUGGUGAAGACGGAACAGUGAGGUGGUUUGAUACACGCAUCAAAACCAGCUGCACAAAGGAAGACUGCAAAGACGACAUUUUAAUUAACUGCCGACGUGCUGCCACCUCUGUAGCUAUCUGUCCACCAGUACCGUAUUAUCUUGCCGUUGGCUGUUCCGAUAGCUCAGUACGAAUAUAUGAUCGACGAAUGCUGGGCACGAGAGCCACAGGGAAUUAUGCAGGCCGAGGGACAACUGGAAUGGUUGCCCGUUUCAUCCCGCCCCAUCUUCACAAUAAGUCCUGCAGAGUGACAUCUCUGUGCUACAGUGAGGACGGGCAAGAGAUCCUCGUUAGCUACUCCUCAGAUUACAUCUAUCUCUUUGACCCGAAAGAUGAUACAGCACGAGAACUUAAAGCUCCUUCCGCAGAAGAGAGAAGAGAAGAGUUAAGACAGCCGCCAGUUAAGCGCCUGAGACUUCGUGGAGAUUGGUCAGAUACUGGACCCAGGGCAAGGCCUGAGAGUGAACGAGAACGAGAUGGUGAGCAAAGUCCCAAUGUGUCCUUGAUGCAAAGAAUGUCCGACAUGUUAUCAAGAUGGUUCGAAGAAGCAAGUGAAGUUGCACAAAGCAAUAGGGGACGAGGAAGAUCUCGACCCAGAGGUGGAACGAGUCAGUCAGAUGUUUCAACUCUUCCUACGGUGCCCUCAAGUCCUGAUUUGGAAGUGGGUGAAACUGCAAUGGAAGUGGAUACUCCAACUGAACAGACUCUUCAGCCGUCUACACCCUCUGCAGUGUCAGCUCAGGUUCAUUCAGCAUCGUCUCCUACAGAAAGCCCUCGUUCUGUGUCCCUGCUGUCUUCUCCGGACAGUGAGCAGCGGCAGUCUGCCGAGGCGUCCGGACACUACACGCAUCAUCAGUCCGAGUUUUUAAGGGGGCCUGAGAUGGCCUUGCUCCGUAAGCGCCUGCAGCAGCUGAGGCUUAAGAAGGCCGAGCAGCAGAGGCAGCAGGAGCUGGCCGCCCAGGCCGGGCCGCAGCCGUCCACUUCCGGGCAGCCUCCACAGCACCCCCGGGCUCCAGAUUCUCCUUCUUCUGUGGUUAACAAACAGCUCGGAUCCAUGUCACUUGACGAGCAACAGGAUAACAAUAAUGAAAAGCUGAGCCCCAAACCAGGGACAGGUGAACCAGUUUUAAGUUUGCACUACAGCACAGAAGGAACAACUACAAGCACAAUAAAACUGAACUUUACAGAUGAAUGGAGCAGUACAGCCUCCAGUUCUAGAGGAAAUGGAAGCCAUUGCAAGUCUGAGGGUCAGGAGGAACCCUUGGUCCCACAGAGCUCCAUGCAGCCACCGGAAGAAGGCAGUGAGACAAAAGCUCCUGAGGAAUCAUCAGAAGAAAUGACAAAAUGUCAGGAAGGAGCAUCUGCAGAAAGCCCAGUUCAGAACCCGGUAGACACAGCACAGUCAGACCUGCUCACGGCCGAGCCGCUGGACUCCCGCUCAGAGGAAGGGCAUGACCUCAGUCUCGGUAGUCCCUGUGGGGUCCCAGAAGAAGCUGCACUUUCUGAGAAAGACAAGGAGCCAGAGGCCUCAGGUCAGACUGGCACUGCGAGUGCUAGCAGUCAGCCGCAGUCCCACACAGACGCCGUCGGGCCUUCAGCUCAUGAGGACGCGCCAGCCAGAGACACUGCUUUCCAGGACACGGACGACAGCGACGACGACCCUGUCCUGAUCCCAGGUGCGCGGUACCGAGCUGGACCCGGUGAUAGAUUUAAUGUCAGAGGAACAGCAAUAGGUGAUAGAAUAAUGAGACGCUCUGCCGUUGCCCGCAUUCAGGAGUUCUUCAGGCGGAGAAAGGAAAGGAAAGAGCUGGAAGAGCUGGACACGCUGAACAUCCGCAGGCCGCUGGUGAAGAUGGUGUACAAGGGCCAUCGCAACUCCAGGACGAUGAUCAAGGAAGCCAAUUUCUGGGGCGCUAACUUCGUGAUGAGCGGCUCUGACUGCGGCCACAUCUUCAUCUGGGACCGGCGCACUGCCGAGCACCUGAUGCUCCUGGAGGCCGACAACCACGUGGUGAACUGCCUGCAGCCGCACCCCUUCGACCCGAUUCUGGCUUCAUCCGGCAUAGAUUAUGACAUAAAGAUCUGGUCGCCGCUAGAAGAGUCCAGGAUUUUUAACCGAAAACUUGCUGAUGAAGUAAUAACUCGAAACGAACUCAUGCUGGAAGAGACCAGAAACACCAUCACCGUUCCAGCCUCGUUCAUGCUGAGGAUGUUGGCCUCCCUGAAUCACAUCCGAGCUGACCGCUUGGAGGGCGACCGAUCGGAAGGCUCCGGCCAGGAGAAUGAGAAUGAGGAUGAGGAAUAAAGCAGUUCUUCUUGGCAAGCACUUAGAUGUUCUGAGAUUUGUAUAAGACAUUUAUUAUAUUUUUUCUUUACAGAGCUUUAGUGCAAUUUUAAGGUUAUGGUUUUUGGAGUUUUGCCCUUUCUGGGAUAACAGCAUUGGUUUGGAAUGACAUGACUGUGUGCAUGAAUCUGGGCGCGUGUGUAAAAUAUUAGCAAAAUGUUUCUAAAACCUUUUGCCUUGUAUGAGGAGCGCUAGAAAAUGCAAAGUGCAAUAUUUUCCCUAGCCUGACGGAGCUCGGAUCAAUGUUAAAGAGUAAUUUUCAUUACAGUGAAGCGUGGGUUCAAAUAAAUUUCUACACUUGCCAUUUGCAUGUUUGUUGCUUUCUAAUUAAAGAAGUUUGUUUGUUUUAAGAUAA